UUAUCAUGUGUUGAAAGUUUUCAUUUCUUGCCACGGGUAUUUCAACUACUAUUUCAAUGUAUCUAUCACUACUCGAUGAAGAAAAUAAAAAUAAAUUAAUCAGCACUUGUAUUUUCUCUUUAAGCGCCAUCGCCAAGCACUGAAACCGCAGGAUUUGAGAGAUGGUGCCGAAAAAUAUUCACUGAGUGCAGUUUUCAUUGUCUUGGUUUUCCAAUGGAACUGACACUCGUUUCACUCAUGGAACAUAAAUUAUGCACUAAUUGGCACGGGUUUUACUAAUGGAAAACGCUUUUAAGAAUAUUCCCUGUUCAAUUUAGAUUAUAUUUAGAUGUAUUUAGACGUGUACAUAAUAAAAAUGUGGUACAUAACUUAUUUUAUUUUCUUAUAUAUCUAAAGAUGUCUCCGCUAGUUAAAGUUUUCAAAAUAAGGUAGUACAUGUAUGUAACUUCCCCAUAAUGAAUGGUGAAGAGGAGCAGUGGUCUUUGUACACAGCUUCUCAACACUUACCUGCUGUCUUAACGGACCCCAAUCGUGGAAAACAGUCCAAUUUCUUCACGAAAACAUGGGGGGAUACUUUUGUGGAAAAAACAGUCAUAGAGAAAAGUCCCUUUCUCCCAGAGAUAACCUGGGCCCACUUUGAUGUCUACAUGCGAAAAUAUGGGAAGAGAUAUAAAAAACAUUGUCAGUUAAAAUUGGAGAAUACCAAUUCUAAAGUGAAACCGAAACAUUCUGACUUCAAUACCAGCAGCAUUCCUGAUAUAUAUUUGAGUCAAAAAUUUAAACUGAGUGAGCCAAAGAUAUUUGAUGAAGUAUUUCAUACUAGAAAAACUGAACAUGAACUCCAAGAUGAACUUAGUCACUACUUAGAUAUUGUCGAGGAACAAAUUGCGCAACAGGUUUCACAAAAGUCUGAUGCUUUCUUUCAUGCAAUGACAUCUCAUGACACAAUAAUGGAACAGAUGGGUACUGCUACUAAUGAGGUUCGACUACUCCGUUCUAAAGUACAAAAAGUUGACAAGACCCUUGCAAGAGAUUCCUUGAGAUUGAUUGGUUCAGCAAGAUCUAAAGCAAACUACAUAAUAUUGCUAGAUAAACUGAAGUUGAUGUCAACAGUUCUACAAACUCAGCCUACGUUGCAGCUAUUACUGAGUUCAUCAGAUUAUGUAGGAGCCUUGGAACUGAUAUCUGGUACACAGGAAGUACUUUCCAAGGAAUUAGCUGGGGUAA